AAAAAAAAAAACAUUGUAGGGUUUUUCGAGAACCACGGGCUUCAUGGAGAUAAGAGAAUGAUGCGUCAAGUUGCAGAGUUUUUCGAUGCUUUUAUAGCUUUCAAAUCAAUUAUGUUAAGACGCUGGUUCUUACAAAGAAAUUCCUUCCUGAAUAUGCUCAUCCAAACCAGUAACACCUUCACUCUUCCUGCUGUUUCUCGUUGUGUUGUUGUUGUUGGGAAGAAUCCGCGCGAUUCCUCGUGGAAAAAUUCAGUUUUUGAUGCAAGGAAGAUGGGAGCCGUAGAUGCAGUAUUCAGUGGAAGAAGUUAUUCGUCUUUUAGGAUUCAGAAUUAUUUACGGAAUUUGUGGAAUCUUCAACGAAAACGUAGCUGUUGCUGCAUCUCAACAAUGGCUGCAAAAUCGGCGCCUGAUGGAAAUUAUGGAUCAAGGAUGUCUAGAACUGAGAGAACAGAUGCCCAGACUGCACUGUUCGACUAUCUCCACUACACCAGGUGUUUGAACUUCACUGACGCCGAGCACAUUAGCAAGAAUUCGCCAGUAUUCCUUCAGAGCCUCCUUGCGAAGGUCAUUAAUGGAGAAGAAGUUGGGAGGUCAGUCUCCAGGUUUCUUCGCUACACUCCCAUCAAUGAAUUUGAACCAUUCUUUGAGAGCUUAGGUUUGAAACCUUCUGAACUGUAUCCACUUCUGCCUCUCAAUUUGAUUUACCUUACAGAUGAUGAUUUGUUAAUAGAGAAUUACCGUGUCCUCUGCAACUAUGGAGUUCCUAGGAGUAAGAUUGGAAAGAUGUACAAAGAAGGGAGUGAGAUGUUCAAGUAUGAUCAUGGUGUCCUGAAUUCAAAACUUCGGAGCUACGAGAGGCUUGGAUUGAGCAAACCCACCAUCAUCAAGUUGGUCAAUUGUUGCCCAGCCCUUCUGAUUGGUGAUCUUGACAUGGAUUUUCUUCAAGUCCUCAAAAAGUUGAAGGCUUUAGGAGUUGAGCUGGAUUUGAUCAGGGGAUGUCUGUCAGAUAACAGUGUAUACCAUUGGGAUAGAAUUCUGAAAUUGCUCAAUUUUUUGGAUGGAAUGUGCUGCAACCAGAAGGACCUGCAAACAUUAAUCAAUCAGCAUCCCAGAUUUGUUUUUGAUGAUUCAGGGAAGAAGAUUUACAUUUUAGUUGCAUUGUUGUUGAAACUGGGCAUUAAAAUGAGUGAUAUCAUACUCUUAUUUGUGCAAUAUCCCCGAAUUCUUGAUGGAAAAUUCGUAAAAAAUUUAUGGCAGGCUAUUUACUUCUUAGUUGAUAUUGGCAUGAAUGUGGAGGACAUUAAAAUGAUUGUCAAUACUCACCCUCAUGUUCUUGGAGCAUCUUCCUGUAAAAGUACUUAUUCUGUCUUGCAGAGAUUGAAACUGUCGCAGGACCGGCUCUGCAACAUCAUAAAAGAAGAUCCAAAUCAGUUCACCUAUCUGGUCACUAGUAAGAAGUCUAGUGCCAUAAGCUUGCCAAAAGUUGAGGGCAGCUUUCUGAGGGAGAAAACUGAUUUCUUGCUAAGAUUAGGAUUUGUUGAGAAUUCUGAUGAAAUGGCUAGAGUGCUGAAGAAGUUUAGAGGAAGAGGGGAUCAACUGCAGGAAAGGUUUGAUUUCCUUGUAGAAAUUGGUCUGGACUGCCACACGGCUACUGAAAUGAUCAAGUUAGUUCCCCCAGUGUUAAACCAGUCCAUUGAUGUGCUUGACAAGAAGAGUGCUUACCUUUUGAAUGAUUUGGGCUAUCCCUUAGAAGCACUUGCUGCCUUUCCAACAUAUUUAUGCUACAACUUGGAUAAGAUAAAACUGAGAUUUUCUAUGUUCCAGUGGCUCAAGGAGAAUGGAAUUAGCUUCUCUACCAAAAAUAGGAAAUUGGUUAGUUCCACGGUUGCAUUGAGCACGGUUCUUGCAUGCUCGGAUGCACGGUUUUUCAAAUAUUUUGUAAAUCUGCAUCCUAAGGGCCCUGAGGAAUGGGAAAGGUUGAAAGGUUCUUUCUCUUCGAAGUGA